AUGCUGUAUUACAGAAAACCUCGCACACAGAAGUCAAAACGUGCCUUGGAGCGUCGGGAAUCCAAAAUUAUUGAAAACACAAAACGGUCUCUGUUUCUUUAUGGGCAAAAGACUAGUGAAACUGUUCGACAUUGCUUAAAAGAUAUGUACUCCCUCAAGAAACAGGAUGCCCAACACCUACAAAAGAAGAACCCAAUUUUACCCUUUGAGGAUAUCCUUCCGGUAGAACGGCUCUCGCAGAAACAUGAUGCAUCACUGUUUUGUAUGGCCACACACUCAAAGAAGAGACCAAACAACAUAAUUUUAGGUCGGAUGUUUGAUCAUCAUCUGUUGGACAUGGUGGAACUUGGGUUAGAAAAUUACAAGGGGCUCUCACAAUUCAAAAACACAAAGAUUUCUGCUGGCACCAAACCUUGCAUCAUCUUCUCGGGAGCUCAGUUUGAAGAUGUGACAGAGUUCAGAAGACUAAAAAACUUGUUAAUAGACUUCUUUCGUGGUGUGGAAGCAUCACAAGUACGGUUGCAAGGGUUUGAACAUACUCUCCAGUUCACAGCAGUUGAAGGGAAAGUGCUCUUCAGAAGCUACAAAAUAUUACUGAAGAAAUCUGGCACAAGAAUCCCACGUGUGGAGCUGGAGGAAAUAGGGCCAUCAAUGACCCUACAAAUUAGAAGAAACAAAUUUGCUUCAGAGGACUUGAUGAAGAGAGCCUGUAGACAACCUAAGCAACUUAAGGCUAAUAAGGUGAAGAAUGUCAGCAAAAACGUAUUUGGAACGAAGCUUGGCCGCGUACAUAUGACCAAACAGGACAUGGGUAAAUUACAGACACGUAAAAUGAAAGGACUCAAGAAAGCAACCCAGAAGAAAGAUGAAAAUUCCAAGAAAUCCCCAGGUGAAGAAUCGAAAACUUCUGUACCAAUGGAUAUUGACCUGUAAGCAGUUGUAUAGUGUUUGGAACAUGCGAGACCCAUUUUUGCGAAACUUUAGAAAACAGUAAGGUGUUUAUAAUUUUAUCUCGUUAACCCUUUCUGCAGUGUUGUUUUCAGUGCUUAUCAUAUUGGAUUUAUUUAAAGAAUUAUAAUGGUAAAUUAAUUCAGGAUAGUUUAACGAAAAAAGUAAAUGGGCUGGUUCCCAGAAGUGUCAAUUAUCCACCAAAAUGUAAAAUUAGGAAUUUGGUCUUUUCUAAUACUUUCCAAUAUCCAAAGGAAGUAUGCUGAUAUUUUCUUUACCUUGAAGAUACUUACUUGGGCUGAUCAUAUUUAGAAAGGUGACUUUCAGCAAAGUUAGACUGAAUACAAAUUCAUAGUCACAUACUACAUGUAGUAGAGCAUUGUGUUUCCAUUGGUUUUUCAGCUGCAAUCAUCUGAUAAAAGUAACAUUUGAUCAGUGAUAGCUGUCACAACUGCCCAGCGACACAAUCAUCUAGUAGUACUUAAUGAUUUCAAUGUGAGGUCUUUAAAGAAUGCAUGGUCAUGGGAAUCAACUCGAUAAAAUUAUACAGACUGUAUUGUUCCAAAUGCAUUUCAGAGAGGUUCAAUGUCUGUCAUUUUAUCCUGGAUUUUCUGGUUCAGAAGAUGACCAUGGCAGUGCACAUAAUUACCAAGUGGAAAACAUUCCUUCAUCCGUGCAGCUAAUCAUUUUCUUUCGCCUCACAUAUUUGAAGCUUCAUCAAUGUUCUUCAACUCCAAAUUAAGGUUUUUGGUAGCACUUUUCACUAAUUCAUACAUGGCUUCACUUUCGGUACUCACUGUUGGAUACAAUCCAGCAAAGGUUUCCAUAGUUCCCAUGAAAUACAUACCUCAAACAUAGCAAAACCUGUUCUGUGCUGCUAAUGUCUGAUGUUUCAUCCAAGAUAAUUGCAUAUUGCCUACUGUUAUGUACAUCAGAUGUAAUUCAUUCAAGAACAAGACUUUGCCAUGAUUUCUAGCAACUCAUUUUGGAUAACAAGUGAUCUCCACUGGGUGGUGUAAUUUGCUGAGGAUUAAUGUUGAAAUCUAAUUGGCGGAUGAAAGACAAGUUUCAUGAUGUCACGGCCAUACUGUUAGUCUGUUGCUUGCUGAAAGUCAUAUUAUGUGAUGUCACAGUAUACAUCACACAAACAGACGUACGAACAUACACAGUAACUCAGAAUAGCCCCUGGAGGGCUCUCAGCUCAUAAAUUCUGAGACACCGCAUGGGAAGUGCAAAUUUUAAAAUCUGAAUGAUAUUAGCCAUGUUAAUUGCAGCGCUUGCCCGAAUCACUGAUAUACUGUUGCCCGGAUUUUUUGUCUUCUCAGAGUUGGGGGGUUGCAGCCCCCCACCUUGUACACCCAUGAGUAUACUGAAAAAUAAGAAAGAUAUCCUAUAUCUAAAAUUAUCUACAAACAAAUUUGUUAUCGCUAUAUUACUUUGUGUUGUACAUGCUUUAUAUAUGUUUACUGCACUGG